AUGUUCGCAUCCAUUGUUGGAGCUACUGUGCCUUCCAUCUCACCGAGGGUCUCCGUUGCCCUCACUGACCCUCUGACUUCGCCAAACGUGAUCUCCUUUGAUGUGUUCAAACUCCCCUUGUCACUGCUGAAGACAGCCCAGAAUCACCCCAUGCUGGUGGAGCUAAAGAAUGGGGAGACGUACAAUGGGCACCUGGUGAGCUGUGACAACUGGAUGAAUAUCAACCUACGUGAGGUCAUCUGCACGUCCCGGGACGGGGACAAGUUCUGGAGGAUGCCAGAGUGCUAUAUUCGUGGCAGCACCAUCAAAUACCUCCGCAUCCCUGACGAGAUCAUCGACAUGGUCAAGGAUGAGGUGGUAGCCAAGGGCCGUGGGCGAGGUGGCCUGCAGCAGCAGAAGCAACAGAAGGGCCGUGGCAUGGGGGGCGCUGGGCGAGGUGUGUUUGGUGGCCGUGGCCGUGGUGGGAUCCCAGGCGCUGGCAGGGGCCAGCAGGAGAAGAAGCCCGGCCGACAGGCUGGCAAGCAGUGA